AUGGAUCGGAACCGAGACGCCGACAUGGAGCUGCGGCGGGGCCCCGAGGUGGACGGGGACAAGGUGGCGUGUCACAGCUGCUGCAUCUGCGGCAAGAGCUUCCCGUUCCAGAGCUCGCUUUCCCAGCACAUGCGCAAACACACGGGAGAGAAGCCCUACAGGUGCCCCUACUGUGACCACCGCGCCUCCCAGAAGGGCAACCUCAAGAUCCACAUCCGCAGCCACCGCACGGGCACGCUGGUGCAGGGCCGCGAGCCGGAGGCGGCCGAGGCCCCGCCGGGUGAGCUGCGCGUGUCCGAGGGCCUGGACGGCUGCGCCAGCCCCACCAAGAGCUCGUCGGCCUGCAACAAGAUGCUGAACGGGGCCACGGCCGACGGCAAGGUGCUGCUGCGCAGCGGCCGCAAGGACGGGGCCACGGCGGGCGAGGGCGCAGCGCUGGCGCACUGCCCGUUCUGCAAGAGCGCCUUUGAGAGCGCGCGGGGCCUGGAGCGGCACCUGCAGCACGCGCACCGGCCCUUCCGCUGCCGCCUGUGCCGCUUCAUGGCGCUGCGCGAGGAGGCGCUGCUCAGCCACGUGGAGAAGGAGCACAUCACGGCACAGGGCCCCGGGGGCACAGAGGCGGCUGCGGACAACGGGCGCGAGCUCCCGGCCGGCGAGUUCCCGUGCGAGGUGUGUGGCCAGGCCUUCAGCCAGACGUGGUUCCUGAAGGCGCACAUGAAGAAGCACCGGGGCUCCUUCGACCACGGCUGCCACAUCUGCGGCCGCCGCUUCAAGGAGCCCUGGUUCCUCAAGAACCACAUGAAGGCGCACGGCCCCAGGGCGGCCAGCAAGAACCGGCAGCUGGACCCCAUUGCUACCAUCAACAACGUGGUGCAGGAGGAGACCAUUGUCACCGGCCUGUCCCUCUAUGAGGUCUGCACCAAGUGCGGGAAUCUGUUCACCAACCUGGACAGCCUGAGUGCGCACAACGCCGUGCACCGCCGCGCCGAGGUGGGGCGCACCCAGGGCGGGGAGCCAGGCCCCAUCGAUGCGCAGACCCACUUCCUCCAGUGCCUGAGUCUGCGGCCCGCGGGCCGGGGCGAUGCUUGGGCCAGCGCUGCCGGGCGCAGGGUUGCCGAGCUGGACCCGGUCAGCAGCUACCAGGCCUGGCAGUUGGCCACGCGCGGCAAGGUGGCCGAGCCGGCUGAGUACCUCAAAUAUGGCGCCUGGGACGAGGCGGCAGGCGGCGUGGAUGGGGCUGGGGAACGCGCGCGCCGCGAGUUCGUCGACUCAGCCAGCGGGCCCAGCAGCCCUGGCUCGGCCAGCGCAGCAGACGACUCCCCAGGCUCCGGCCUGGCCGACGACGCAGCGGAUGAUAGUGGAGAUGAGGGCGUGCUGGAGCCUGGACGAGGGCCUAGUCGCAGGCUCCUGGGAGAACAGGCACUCGCUGUCCCUGUCGGAGAGGAGCAGGUGGGCAUGCUGACCUUGGCGAGCCUGAACAGUUUCCAGGUAGGAGUGAGUGCCUGUGUGCAGCCCGUGGCCGGGGCUGGCCCCUGUGUUGUCUGUCUGAUCUGGGCAUUCCGUGAGGCCAGCGAGUUGGGCCUGGACUUGGGGCCGAAGUCCAGCCACCGCGGCUCUCCCAAGGAAGCACCUGCCGCCCUCACCAGUGCAGGCCAGAGCCAUGCCUUUGGGGAUCACGUGUCUGGGAUCCCGGCUCCGGUCAGCUUCCUUGAAAGCAGUGGCAGAGAAGCUUCCAGAAGACCAGAUGCACAUCGAUUCUCCCUGGAUUUGAAGAUGCCAGCGCUGCACUCCAAGCCCGAGGGGCUGGAUAGCACCACGGGGUGUCUGGCCAGCAUGGAUUCACCACUGCCCCCAGACAGGCUGGCGCGGCCCCGGCUGGACAAGGCCCCCUUGGACGCAGCGGGCAGGGAGCCCCCCGGGGGCGCACCGCACAGCCCUGAGCCAGGGCCACUGGAUCUGAGUGCACGGUCCUCGCGGGGCACACGUGGCAGGGAGGCGGCCUGCGCCCUGCGGGCGGCUCUGCCAGUGCACCCCUGCCCCUACUGUAGUCACCACUCCUACUACCCCGAGGUCCUGUGGAUGCAUAAGCGUGUCUGGCACCGUGUCAGUGGAAGUGCGGUGGCACCUCCCUGGGUGCAGCCCAACGGCUGCCGGAGCAUCAAGAAUCACCUGGUCUUCUUGGCACGUAAUGGGCGCACGGGGCCUCCACCCGCGCUGGGUGGCAAGGAGUGCCAGCCCCUGCCCGUGGCCCGCUUUGCACGCACGCAAGGGCCAGCCUCCAGGGGUGGUUCGUCACCACUGCUGGGCAUUGCUACGAAGGCCCCAGGGAUGCCCCGGGCCAAAGAGGGCACCCCGGGGGCCCCCUGUGAGCCAUGGGCACACAGUCCUGAUGGUCAACACCAGGCCUGGUCUGGCCCCUCACCUGGGCAGAGUGCUCCACGCGUACCCCCUGCUCGGCCCAAGCCCGAGCCUCAGCCCACUGCUGGUGGUGGCCUCAGCAGAAGUGCCACCCCCACGCCCUCCGUUAUCACCCGGGCUGGCCCCUUGGUGCCCACCAGGCUGGCCGAGAAGCAGGGCACGCCCCCUGCGGUGCCCAGCCCAGGCCCUCCAACCAAGCACAGUGCCCCGGACUCCACUAAAGCCAAGUUCAGCCCCUCGCCGCCGUGCCAGCCACCCAGUAAAGCUGAUGGGGGCUCCCCUCUACCUCCCCAAGAGCUCGCCUCCAAGGCCACUCCAGAACCCAGGACACCGGGCGGCGUGGCGGCCAGGGGCAGCACAGCUGUCCAGGCUCAGCCCUCAGCGGCUGGAGCACCACCUGAGCACUGCGUGGUCAAGCCCGAGCCAGCCACCGAGGGCCAGGAGAAGCCCCUGGACAUUCUCAACAUCUUCAAGACCUACAUUCCAAAGGACCUCGCCACCCUCUAUCAGAGCUGGGGCUCCAGUGGGCCGGCCCUGGAGCACCGAGGGCCCCUCGGUGUGCCAGCCCGCCAGGCCGACCUCGAGUGCUCCGAGUGUGGGAAGAGCUUCGCCCAGCCCGCCCACCUCAGGGCCCACACACGGGCGCACACAGUGCUGUUUGAGUCAAAUGGACUCCGAGUGGCUGAUGUCCAUGGUGCCUCCGCCUCCUCCCCCAAACAAAUAGGUGGGGCGACCAUAGCCCACUCUCAGCCGCGCUGUGCUGUGUGGAGGGCCGUGCGGGCGCCCAAGGCCAAGGUCCGCGGCGUGCAGACACUGGACGAGCGAGACGUGUGUGUGGACAAGAGGAGGCGUGAGGGGCCCCACGCUCAGGACUGA